AUGCAGAUCAAGGCCGUUAUCAUCACCUCCGUCCUUUUGGCUGUCGCCUCAGCGACCCCAACUCCAGUCACCAAGAGAGCUGUUGCCGAAAAAUGGGCACAGUGCGCUGGAAAGAACUGGACCGGACCAACUGAAUGCCCUGCGAAAUGGCACUGCGAGAUAUUUAGCUACGGAUCCGGUUUUUGCUAUCCAAACCCUACCCAGACCCCAGUUCACGAGUAA